CAACCUGCAGGCCUCUCUUUACAAUAAAUCCCCCCUAAAUUCAUAAAACAACCACAUCCCAUGGUCAUCACAAGUCUCAUCGACCAACCUCAAAUCUAACAUCCUCAUCCAGAGCUGCCUCGAAUACUCAAAACAAGCUCAAUAAUACUCUCAACUGCGAGUCAGCCCAGUCGACAACCGCAACAAACCUCAACAGAGGAAUAAUAAGUACAACAUGUCACUAUUCGAGAACUCGGCCAGUCCGACUUCCUUCGACCCACCGCGUCUCAAAGACUUGCACCGUCAUCGCCCCGUCCUCAAACGUUCGCGAGCGCCAUACUACAAUCCGAUCACAGAAGAAGAAGAAGAAGAAGUUUCGAAGCGAAGACGCACGUCGCCGACUGGGGCCUUCUCGAGACUCUCCCUCUCGCCAACCAGUUCUCUCAAGCGGCCGUCAUCAUCGGAUCAGGAUCUGCUCAGUCCCAGCUGCAGUCUUGCACAAUCAUCGGCACCAUACUCCACCUUGAAUAUGAGGGAUGACUGCCAGUUGGGGCCAGGCGUGGACAGUCGUCCCGGCCCAAAAGGCGCUAAUUACAACAAGGAGAUCAAGAUGAACACCCGCUAUUCGGCCUAUGAGCCCGAGCCCAACCGGGUCAUCAUCGACUCCUUAUCCGACCGCAGCGCCAGUCCAACGCCUUCCUUAAACGGCGAAGACUCGGCCGAAAUCCCUCCCUCUUCCUCAUCCUCAUUGAAAUUGGAUCCUCAAGUCUCCAGACAUCUUCAUUCCACACAACAAAAACACUAUCAUCAGAACCCCGCCUUCUUCUUCACCUCUCACCAUUUCCUCCCCCCUCAUCCAUCAAACGACCAUCAAGAACACCAGUUGGUGCUCUAUCGCAAACCUCGUUGGCCGGUCACUCAUUCCGAUCCUUCUGCCACCACUACUGCUAUCACUCGACUUGCGUCUCCUUCUGAACAACAAGAAGAUGAUGUCGAUGUGCAUCCAUUCGAUCAUGAUCUCGGUCCGCGGAUCGUCGAACUCGACCCCGAGAUCCUGCCUCCCCCUUCUUCUUCUUCUUUCCAACCCGAGUCCAUGGACAUCGAUUAAAAAAAAAGACCCUUCUCUCUCUCACACCAAAAAAAAGAAGAAAAAAAGAAACGAACAUGUAUAUAAAGUUUUGUGUGUUCUUCAUGCCCCAACCUUCCCUGAUCAUCUUCGUCUUCGUAUUCGCCAUUGAUCAACCGUCCUUCUUAUCCGCACGAUCAUGAAACAAUUUAGUGUCCAAUCAUAACCCUCAUGUACCCACAUAU